AUGUUGGCUGUUGCUGACAUAUUUGAUAUUGAUGAAUGGAUUACAGAUAGUGGUGCAAACUCCCAUACUACCUCUACUUCUGCUGACUUACAAGAAAUUACUCAUUAUGAUGGUGCAGAAGUUAUAAAAACAGCAAAUGGUGAACGUAUGCCUAUAACUCAACUUGGUUCUGCUAGUAAACAUGUGCAUGAGCAUUCUUUCACGCUUAGUGACAUUUUAAUAGUUCUACAAUUCGUCUUCAUUCAUAAAUUCACUUCUGAAUAUAACUUCUCCAUAACUCUUGAUUUUGCUGGUUUUUCUAUGAAGGACUUGAGCUCUGGGAAGACUCUCUUCCAAGGACCACAUAAGAAUGAUUGUAAAGUUUGUAGAAGUCACAAACUACCAUUUCAACUUUCUUCAAGUACUACUGCUCAACAACCUCUAGAGUUUUUACAUAUGGAUCUUUGGGGUCCUUGUCAUGAACAAUCUGUAUCUGGUUCUCUUUAUUAUGCUAAUAUAGUGGAUGAUUAUACAAAAUUCCCAGAUUAUAAUUUUCUGAAAGUUUGUGGAUGUUCCUGCUUUCCAUGGUUAAAACCCUACACCUCCAACAAACUUGAGCCAAGAAGCAAGCACUGUGUUUUUCUAGGCUAUAGCUUACAACAUAAAGGAUAUAGAUGUCUAGAACCAUCUACUGUAACUGUGUACAUCUCAAGACAUGUUACAUUCAAUGAGACUUCUUUUCCUUAUAAAGAUGCUCGUUCUCCUUCAGUAUCCAAUACUGACUCAUCUGAUCCUCCUUCUUCUGAUCAUGCACCUACUCCUUCAUUAAACUCUUCAACUCAGAAUUCAUCAGUUCCUGUCACUAAGAAUGCUCAUCAUAUGACCACUAGAGGAAAGAAUGACAUAGGAACACCCAAAUCAUAUUUUGCAACCAAACAUCCUAUGCAACUUGCUUUUCUUUCUAAUUCCAUUACAGUUCCUACUUGUAUUACUGUUGCUCAUAGCAAAAAGUUUGGAGAGUUGCUUCUGCAAAUGAAUUCAUAG